AUGCUGGUUAUCUCAGAAACAUGGGUAUCGAAAGAAGAACAAGAUUUUUAUGGUUUACCAGGUUUCAAGGCUAUCUUUGCCAGUCGCAUAAAAAGAGGAGGUGGAGUCUACAUACUUAUAAGAAACAGCAUAAAGUACAACACAGUCAAGUAUGCAUCUCAGCCUAGCGAAAACAGGGAAGAGAACGAUGACAAUUUUGCAAAUCCUACACAAAUUGAAGAAAAUAGUGGCGCAACCAGUAACUCGGACUUAGUGUCAGAUUUCAAAAAAGAAAAGGAAAAGUUUAUGAAACCACCAACACCGAAGCAUGAUCCAACUUUAAUGUAUACGCAACAUUUGGCUAAUAAACUGAGGCAGUUUUCAGGAAGAACAAAAGCUAUGAUUGAACACACUAUUGACCAAAUUAUUUUUGAGGCAGAGAUGGGACAAUAUGAUAACCCUCUCUUCAGAACACAAGUACCAACUCCUGCUUUUUCUCCAAAUGCAGCGCAAGGGUCUCCUUGGUCAGCUCACAGUAACAGUUCGUCGAAUGAUAACCCUCACUUCAGAACACAAGUACAACUCCUGCUUCUUCUACAAAUGCAGCGCAAGGGCCUCCUUGGUCAGCUCACAGUAGCAGUUCGUCGAAUGAUAACCCUCACUUCAGAACACAAGUACCAGCUCCUGCUUUUUCUCCAAAUGCAACGCAAGGGUCUCCUUGGUCAGCUCACAGCAACAGUUCGUCGAAUGAUAACCCUCACUUCAGAAGUACCAAAUCCUGCUUUUUCUUCAAAUGCAGCGCAAGGGUCUCCUUGGUCCAACCAGAAGAACAAGCACAGGUGGAAGACAACCUACUUACUGUGCUGCAGCCUUUUAUUACAUUGA